UUGUGUGAAGGGCUGCUGGAAUAGCAGGUUUGCCUGCGUCUCAGUCGGGUUCAACCUCUUCACAGUCUAAACAGCGAGGACGAGUUGGUGCCUUCCAGAUUCAAAGAUGGCCCUGCCGUCGAUCUCGAUCCACCCUGAGUACCUGCGGACCAUGACUGGCGCCCUGGGUGGCGCUAGCCAGUCGUUGUGGCACAAAGUUAAAGGUGUCAUGGGGCUGUUUGGAAGUGGUAAAUGCACCUCAAAGGCCACCCUGGAGGGAAAAACCGCACUCAUCACGGGAGCCAACGCUGGAAUCGGCUACGAGACGGCGAAAGAUUUCCUCAAGAGAGGUGCGCGGGUGAUUAUGGCGUGCAGAAAUGUGCAACUGGCGGAAACGGCAGCCGGCAAUUUGCGCAGCGAAAUCCCUGGCAGCGAUAUUCGCGUGGUGCAGCUCAACCUGGCGUCGCUCAGGUCGGUAAAGGAGUGCGCCGAGGAAAUACUUAAAUCCGAGCCGAAAAUUCACCUGCUUAUCAAUAAUGCUGGCGUUAUGGCCUGUCCGUACGCGAAAACCGAGGAUGAACUGGAGAUGCAGUUCCAAACGAACCAUCUGGGCCACUUUUUGCUGACACGGAUUUUACUGCCAAAGGUGCUGGAAAGUGCUCCUGCGAGAAUUGUUAACCUCUCUAGUGUAGCUCAUCUUGGUGGAAAAGUAAAUUUUGAGGACCUCCAGUCGACUCGCUCAUACAACGCGGUGCUGGCCUACAACCAGAGCAAGCUGUGCAACGUGCUGUUCACCCUUGAGCUACAGGAGCGGCUCAAAGACACGGGCGUAGUCGCCUACGCCGUGCACCCUGGCGUGGUGGCAACCGAGCUGGGCCGCCACUUGCCCUGCGGCUGCUCGUGGGCCUUCAAGAAGUUCGGCUGGAUCCUCAAAACCCCAGUGCAGGGAGCGCAAACCACCCUGCACUGCGCCCUGGACGAGAAAUUGGCCGAGCAAAACGGUCUUUACUUCAGUGACUGCAGCCCAGGAAGAACAUCUGGACGGGCGAGGAACAAGGAGGACGCGAAGAAACUGUGGGAAGUGAGCGAGGAUCUCGUCAAGAACUUCAUUUAAUUCACGCCAUUCUAACCAAAUAUUGUGCAAUUCUAUUCUCUUUAUAUUCCAUUUCAAUCGUAGACAGAGCAAAAGUGAAAUAACGAAAAGGAUCUUCAAGAGCACUUCGUGGCACCUCCUCUCAUCUCUCCAAAAUGUUGUGAAUUUAAUAUUACAUAUAUAAAAUGUUGAUUUACAGUCAUGUCUUUGUGAUACAUAUUAAAUAAAAUAAUGUUCUAUAAAAUUCAA